CUCUCUCUCUCUCUCUCUCUCUCUCUCUCUCCGAAAACCAGAAAGCUGUUGGCUCUCGCGCGCUCUGUAAUUAUCCCACUCUCGCGCAGCUGAGUGUCGGCUGCCGGAGCCUCCGCACGCGCCACUCCGUACUGCGAAUCCGCGAGACGACGCUUCUCUCUCGGCGGACUCCUAAUAACUAGUCUCCCCUCCAACACACACACUCCCUCCUCCUCACCCUCCUCCUCCUCCAAACACCUGGACAGCGCGUUCGCCGGGAACACGGGGACGUGUUUGUAUUUCAGAGGAGCCACGAACAGACUCCAAAUGCCCGAGCCCCGCGGCAGGUGCCCCCAGACCCGACGGGGACGGAGACAAGCCGAGCAGUGAUGGGACAGUUUUCGGGAGGAUGCUACUUGAGUUUUUCCGUCCUCGUGCUCCUCGGUUUGAGAGUCCCGGCCGCGUUAGCGAGAGGUCCUCGGGGUGAAUCCCUGCAGCAUGGCCAGUCUGGAACGCUGCCCCGCUUCGUGGAGGAGCCCGUCGACGCCUACAUCGUCAAGAGCAACCCCAUCAAGCUCCGGUGUCAAGCUCGCCCCGCGCUCCAGAUCUUCUUCAAGUGCAACGGAGAAUGGGUCCACCAGAGUCAGCACAUGUCGCAGGAGCACACCGACCUCGGGACAGGGCUGAAGAUCCGCGAGGUCAUGAUCAACGUGUCCCGUCAGCAGGUGGAGGACUUCCACGGCCCGGAGGACUACUGGUGUCUGUGCGUCGCCUGGAGCCACCUGGGGACCUCCAAGAGCCGCAAAGCGACGGUCCGCAUUGCAUACCUGAGGAAGAACUUUGAGCAGGACCCCCAAGGCACCGAGGUGCCUCUGAACGGCAUGAUUGUGUUGCACUGUCGUCCCCCAGAGGGAGUGCCUGUGGCUGAGGUGGAGUGGCUGAAAAACGAGGAGCCUCUGAGCUUUGAAGACGACACCGUUGUCGAUACAAAAGACGAUCACAAUCUCAUCAUCUCUGAAGCUCGGCUUUCCGACUCUGGAAACUACACCUGCGUGGCCAGCAACAUCGUGGCCAAGAGACGCAGCGCCACGGCUGCAGUCGUAGUCUACGUGAACGGGGGCUGGUCGUCGUGGACGGACUGGUCGCCCUGCAACGUCCGCUGCGGCCGAGGCGUCCAGAAGCGCUCACGCACCUGCACCAACCCGGCCCCUCUGAACGGCGGGGCCUUCUGCGAGGGCAUGUCGGUCCAGAAGAGCACCUGCAACACAGUGUGUCCGGUGGACGGCGGCUGGGGGGAGUGGAGCGAGUGGUCCGUGUGCAGUUCAGACUGCGAGAGGCAGCGUGGCAGAGAGUGCACGGCACCGGAGCCCAAACACGGAGGACGGCUGUGCGACGGGGUGGCGCUGGCUUCUGAAAACUGCACCGGCGGCCUCUGCACACAGAAUCGAAAGUUGCUACACGACGCGAAGCCUCAGGGUGUGGAGAACAGCAGCGAUGUGGCCUUGUACUCGGGCCUGGCUGCAGGAGUGGUGACCGUGGUGUUGCUGAUCGUCGCAGUCACGCUUUACCGAAAGAGCCAGAGUGAGUAUGGUGUUGAUGUCAUCGACUCCUCCGCCCUCACCGGGGGCUUCCAGUCAUUCAGCUUCAAGACCUCUCGCCAAGCCAACCCUCUGCUCAUUAACUCAUCCAUGCAACCCGACCUGACAGUGUCACGCACCUACACCAGCCCCAUGUGCUUUCAAGACUCCAUCGACAAGGAGCUAAUGGCCGAGCGCUCGCUCCUUGACCCGCUGCCUGAUCUUAAGGUCAAAGGGGUGGCGGAAACGGCAGAGUACCACGUCAUGUCCCACCACCCCCAGACGUUCCCGAGGGGCCUGGCUCCAGACUACAGAGGGGUGGCGAUGGGGACGACGCUGGGCAGGAGAGGCAAAAACCUUUUCACACCGCAGGUCCCUCUGGGUCCCAGCAGGCCUCCGCACAGAGCUACUGCUGUGUUCGGCCACGCUGGAGGCAGGCUGGUGGUACCCAGCACAGGUAUCAGCCUGCUGGUGCCUCACGGGGGUGUUACCGAAGACACUACCUGGGAAAUGUACAUGAGCAUCAGCCAGGAGGACAGCAGCGCCGUGUCCGACGAUGGGGCCGAGAUCUUUUUGAGCCCCGCGGUCACGUACGGCCCCCCGGGCCUGGACCUGUCCUGUCCCAUAGCCAUGACCAUAGCGCAUUGUGCCGAGGUUUCCGCCGGCAACUGGACCAUCCGGCUAAAAAGACAAAUCCAGGACAACAAGUGGGAGGAAGUGAUGUCUGUGGACGAGGAGAGCACCUCCUGCUACUGUCUGCUGGAGGCUCGGAGGUGCCACGUGCUGCUGGAGCAUCCGGGUCGCUACGCCCUGAUGGGGGAGCCGCUGACCCAGGAGGCAGCCAAGCGACUGAGGCUUGCCGUGUUCGGCAGCCCGGACACCGGCAGCUCUCUGGGCUUCACCCUCAGGGUUUACUGUGUGGACGACACACCCCACGCAUUUCAGGAGGUGGCGGUGGGCGAGCGCAGCAGAGGCGGGCGGCUGCUGGAAGAGCCGAAAAUGAUGCUCUUUAGGGGGAAUAAUUUCAGCCUCCAGGUGUCCAUCCAAGACGUGCCACAGUUACUCUGGAGCAUCAAGCCUUUCACCACCUGCCAGGAGUUCUCCUUUUCUCAGGUGUGGGCCAGCAACCAGCGUCCCCUGCAGUGUGCCUUCUCUUUGGAGCGAUACAGCCACUCCUCGUCGUCGCAGCUCUCCUGCAAGAUCAGCAUCCGACAGGUGACCGGCGAGGAGCAGAUACUCCAGGUCUAUACGUCUGUGGUGGAGAAUGAAAAGGGAGUGGUUCCCUUUUUCACUCAGUCAGACUGCACCAUCACCUCUCAGACAGGGUCAAGGGCCUUCAAAAUCCCCCUGUCCAUCCGUCAGCGGAUCAGUGCCACCUUUGACACCGCUAACGCUAACGGAAAGGACUGGCAGCUCCUGGCUCAAAAGCUCCACAUAGACAGGAACCUGUGCUACUUUGCAUGUCAGGAGAGCCCAUCGUCAGUGAUUCUGAGUCUGUGGGAAGCCCAGCACCAGGACUCGGGAGACCUGGACUCUCUGGCGAGCGCCCUCGAGGAGAUCGGCAAGGUCCACUCGUCCAGAGCGGUUACCUUGAGCUGCGGCAAAGACGAGAGGGACUCUGAAUUCACAAAACUUGGGUAGGGCAGAUGUGCAGAAAAUAAUGAUGGACCUUUUACUGCAUGAACGCUGACGAUCAGGUGUACUAACUAACCUUUAGAGAGGAGGAGGAGGAGGAGGAGGAGGAGGAGGAGGAGGACGUGGACAGCAGGGAAACUCAAGUUUGGACUGUUACUAAAGCAACACCUCUGCUAAACCAAAUGGUCCCUAAAGACAGAACAGAAUCACAAAGAAGUGUUUAUGUUGUUGACAGGCAUCUGCAGAUUUUGAGCAGGACUACAUGCGUAAGUGCGGCCCACGCUCGUCUUUGAAAGAGAAAUGUCAACUCCCGACACGUCGGAGGACUGAUAACCUGUACUCAAGGAGUUUAGAAAGGCUCUGUGUGGAGGACGGUUAAACAGAAUGCCAAUGAAACGCUGGUGAUGUGCCCUCAAACAAUCCACCGGGCUGUGGAAAUGUUAAGUGUAACGUCAUUAAUUUGCCAUUUUUUUUAAAAAAAAAACUCUCCUAUUCUUCUUUUUCUGCUUUCUGUGUCUCUUUCUGCUGGAGUUAGAUUUAAAAAAAAAAAAAAGAAAGAAAAAAAAACAACAGGAAGCAAAGAAUUAAUUAAUUUGGUGAGAACAUCCUGUCCAUACUGUGAGAAGAGACAGUAACCGAGAGUGUCUGCUGCAGUGAUUAAGUGUUUUAAGGGACCUAAUGAUGUCCACAUGCUAAACGCAUUCGCACCAACAUGAAUCACAUGGAUCACAUUUUAAGGAUCGCCCUCAUGGACACAUGAACAUCCUCAGCCCAGACACGCACAUCGUCAUUAAGAACCGCAGAGGAGGACAACUCACCCGUCUGAUCUGUGUCUCAUCCGGAGGUGAACCCACGUCCCCUUAAUGUCUAUAUAUCUGCUUAAUUUGGAGGAAAAUUAAUGUUUCACUGUGUGACGAGUGGGAACAUUACAUACCCUGCAAAGUGCUAGCUCUGGUGAAGUAUAGUGUGUUAAUACAAGAUCCCCCCCACCCCUCGAGACUUCAUUUUUUUUUUUUCUUGAUUUUUUUUAAUUUAAAGUUUGACAAUUGACGUGUGGCUUGACUGGAGCUGCCUUCCUCGGGGUCGCCUGCACCGACCGCCAAACGACCGGACGUCGAUAUCUGGAAAAACGCCUCAGCAACGCUCGCUCUCGGCGCCCGCUUCGUAAAGAUAUCUCGGUCAGGACGAUCCCGACGUUCAGUUGCUCCACCUGCCUCUGACCUUAAUAAAAGUGACUUUGUGUUGAACUCUUGUGUUAGCGCUCUCUUUUCAUGUGCUUGUGCUCAUAUCAGGUACAGUGGAGAAAUCAUUAAAGCUGUAUGGAAAAAAAAAAAAAAAAA